AUGGAGCCCAGGCCCGCCGCGCCGCGGCCUCGCUUGUGCGACUCUCUCGGCGCGGACCAGACACCCUCGGCCUCUACGCCGAACGCGGCCCGGGCCGAGGCUCGGCCAGCUGCGCGCCGCGCUCCCGCAGUGGCUGCGGUGUUGCCGGCGGGGGGUAGUGGGGAGCGCAUGGGCAUCCCCACCCCGAAGCAGUUCUGUCCCGUCCUGGAGAGGCCGCUCAUCAGCUACACGCUGCAGGCCCUGGAGAGAGUAUGUUGGAUAAAGGACAUUGUUGUUGCAGUAACUGGAGAGAACAUGGACGCAAUGAAGGGUAUCAUUCAGAAGUACCAGCAUCAACGCAUAUCACUGGUUGAAGCUGGAGUGACCCGUCACAGGUCAAUAUUCAAUGGACUCAAAGCACUGGCAGAGGACCAGCCUGACUCUAAACUGUCUAAGCCAGAAGUUGUGAUAAUCCAUGAUGCUGUGAGACCAUUUGUUGAAGAAGAUGUCCUUCUUAAGGUUGUCACAGCUGCUAAGGAAUGUGGGGCAGCAGGAGCAAUUCGACCUCUUGUAUCUACUGUAAUCAGUCCAUCUGCUGAUGGUUGCUUAGACCAUUCACUAGAACGUGCCAGACACAGAGCAAGUGAAAUGCCACAGGCUUUUCUAUUUGAUGUGAUCUAUGAAGCAUAUCAGCAGUGUAGUGACUAUGACUUGGAAUUUGGAACUGAAUGUUUACACUUGGCUCUAAAAUAUGGUCACAUUAAAGCCAAACUUGUGGAAGGAUCACCUGACCUCUGGAAGGUGACCUACAAACGAGAUCUGUAUGCAGCUGAAUCAAUUAUUAAGGAAAGAAUUUCACAGCACAUAUGCCUGGUUAUGGACACAAAAGAUGAGAAUCAUGUAGGUCAUCGUCUUGAAGAAGUACUAAAAGACGAAUUAAAUCAUGUAAAAGUCACGUCUCGACUUCCAUGUCACACUGGCAGAGAUCUUGAUCAAAUCAUGUCAGAGCAGUGCUACAGUUACGUUUGCGUGAAUGUUAUGACCUCUGAUUUUGAGGAAAUCCGGAAGUUAGUGAAUAUGCUGGAAGAGAGUAAUCUUUCCAUUUUAUAUCCUGUUGUUGUUAUUUCAGUGUAUUUUCUUGAUUAUAAAUCAGUACCUUUUGAUCAGAAAAUGGAAAACCUAAUGCAGAUUAGGGAAUAUGCAAAGGAAGUGAAAAAAAGAAAUAUUUUAUUAUGUGGUCUUCUUAUAUAUUAUCCACAGGACGAGCAGAAGCUCCAGGAAAGUUUAAGGCAAGGUGCUACGAUUAUUGCCACCUUAAUCAAAGAAAGAAAUUCUGGACUUGUUGGUCAGAUCCUGGUAGCAUGAAGAACACAGAGAUAAUUACUUAUUGGGUUUUAGAAACAUUUAUCUAGGUAUCUCUGCUGUGCUCCCUCCCUAUUAUAUGUAGUGGCAUGUUUAUAUUGUCUUUUAUGUCUCAUAAUUGGUGGGAUGUGAUGUUUGGGUUAAAAAAGUGGAUCAUUGUUUAUAUCUGUGAAAUAAAAAUAUACUUUUGUGCAUGUCAAAUAUAAAUCGAAUCAGAAAAUAGGUAAAUGGAAAGUAAUUGCUUUCACAUAAUCUUUGCACAAAAGCAUAAAAGAUUGAAUAGAAAUAAUGACGGCUGAGCUAAUCAUCCUCGAAAUGAGAAUUCAGAAAACAACCAUGAUCUUAUCUCUGUGUUAAUUAGCAAAUCACAUUGUCUUGAUACUAAUAGAUAUGACUUAGAAUUAUUCUUAAUACUAAAAUUGUCCUCUUACCAUGUGAUAUUUUGACCUGUAUUCUAAUUUUCCACACCUUAAAAAAUAAAUAAAAGAGGAGAUAACAGGGAACUCUGGUUGAGAUAUUUUCACCGUUGGGCUCACAUUACUCUAGGUCCAUAAAGAAGAUGUAAUCCUCUCCUACUUUCUGUUUUAAAAUUGUAUGUUUUCCUUGGUUUAUGAAAAAUAAUUUCAACUUACUUGAAUGGUCUCUGAUUUUUCUGGAUACAUUUAAAAGAAGACUGGAAAUCCCAUGAAAGUGAAAUUAUUUUGGUCAAUCCCAAAUUAGUCUUUUUUGAAAAGGAGGGAGUCAUUGCAUUUUCAAGAAUUAAAUUAUUUUUUGAUACAGAUACUGUUGUUGUUUAAAAUCAAGUUUUCAAUCUUUCAAAUUUCCCCUGGUAUAUAUACCUUAAAUGUGUAAAUGAUUUUCCCUAAAACUAAAUUUUACAAUUAUGUACAUCCAAUCAUUAGAGAUAACUUUUAUUCCAUAUUUACAUUUACUUUAUAAAAACACAUUAGAUCAGAUUCCAAGACUUAGGUUACAUGUGGAAACUAUAAAAGCUGCAGGAGAUGUUAUCAGUUGAAGAUCGACUGUGAAAUACCUACCUUAAAGAAUUUCUUCUUAACAAGUUGGAUGAUUUUCUCUAUUUUUCUCAAGGAUCUAUUUUGGUGGGAGAGUUGAUGUUUUACAUUUCAGUAAUGGUAGAAUAUAAUGGACCUGGAGUUAUUACUAUAAUUCAUUCUCUUAAAUGAAAUGUAUUGUUUCAGUGUAGCUUGGAUGUAAAUUUCUGGGCUUGCCACUUUUUUUCCUCUCUCUCUAGGGAUGUUAAGAAAUAUAAAAUAAAUGAUAUAAUUCAAAUUCUUGAGGAUGAAAAUAUAUGGAUAAUGUGUAGAUUUUUGGUUAGAAUGCCUAUGUCAUUGUUAAGGUGGUGGAUUGGCUGUGUUGCGAAAGGUUCACACCUGCACCUUUUUAAGUCUUCAGGUGAAAAUGUUUUAAGAAUUUGGAAGUGCUUAUAAAGGCAAAUAGGGAAAUGUUAUCAGGGUCUUAAAGAGAAAGUGCCUUUGAGUAAAAGGCAAGAAUCGGCCUAUCUAUGACACAGCAAAACUAUUCUAUCGAUUGAGUGCUAGUUAAGUUACCUUAGAUUCCAACUUAUUUAUGGACUGUUAUGCAAGACGAAAAUUUAUCUAGGAGCAAUGACUGUGAGCUUACCCUAGGCAAUUGGAAUAGUGUAAUGAGGUUUUAGUUAAUAUUAAAUUGUGCAUGAAAUAAUUACCAUCAUCAUCAUCACCUUAUCAUAGCAUUCGAUCUUUUUCUUUACAGUUUAUAAAGUGAUUCACAGCUUUGAAAAUAAUUUAAAGAAGUCUUCUCACAUCCUUGACUGCUUAGAUGGAACUGGAGGUUCAGGGAUCUUUAACUGCCUUGUCCACAGCCAUGGGGCUGCGUAGUGACAAAAAGUAGGGAUUAAACUCAGGACCACUCAUAGUAAGUUUCAAGCUCAUCUCCCUGUUUAAUCAUAAUGCUGGCAAAGGACAUCCAGCCGAGAAGCUAUGGGAAGUAAGCCAGAGGCUCCAAAUGUGCAUUGGAGGAAUGGAUAAAGAGGGACAGAUCAUCCCAAUGACCAGAGGAAAGUCCUGAAGCUUUUGGCUUUCUAGCCAUCUUUCCAACAUAGACUAAUUGGUAAUUAUACCUAGAGGUGAAGGGAAUGGAGAGAAGUAUUAGCCAAGAGAGAAAGAUAAACUGAUUGUUUUUACUGUUUAAGAGAUCCAGAGGCAAACUUUAUAGGUUACAUUUUCAUCACUACUUCUGUAAACUUAAUUACUUUCAUGGGAACUGUCUUUUUUUCACUUUAUUUUCCCAAAUAUCGUUGAAAUAAUAGUAAUUUAUGCUUCAGGGGUGUGCAUUGUCCUCUACCUGUGGAAAGUUCUGUGGAAAGACUCUUUUUUCUAAAUGUUUGCUAAUUGAGUGCAAUUUAAUUAGCCUUUUAAAGAAUUUAACAGUGUGUUUCAAUGGUUUGGUUAAUGACAUACUGGUAAGAGGUAUAAAUUUUUUAAAACCGCUCAGUUUGAGAGAUAACUUGUUGCAAGUAUAUGAAUUUACAGGUAAGAAUUAGACUUCUGUAUUCCACUCAGAGCCAUUCUUUCUGUGGUCACUUUAAGCGAUUUGCAUUGGCUCAACAGGUAAACUUUCACUUUCAUACUGGAUCUUAGCACUAUAAAACUUUACUAUGUAUAAAUACAAUGAUCAUUUUAUAAAAAUUACAAUGCAGUAAAACAUUUUCUUAUAUUAAAUCUUCACAUUUUAUUUCCUUUUAAUAUUGAAACUACUUAGGCCAAGGAAAAAUAAGUAAUAGUUUAAGUGUUAAAGCCAUUUUGAUGAAGAAAGAUUGAAUUUUGAAAGUUUAAUUCAAAAAUAAACAGAAUAAAUGAAAAAUACUUAUCAUGUUGGGCUUUAUUAGUAUGGUUUAAAAUAAGUCAGAACUGGCUGUGUGAGGUGCCUGGGGUACUGUACCAUUUUAUAUGUUCUUGUACAUUUUUAGUUUCAAAAUUGUGAAAAAUGUACAUAUUUUUUUAAAUGACAACAACACACUAUUCAAGAUUUUCAAUAUAUUCUCUUUAUAAAGCAAAAUAUGUGUUUGAUAAAUAACUAAGUGGUUGGUAUUUUAAUAUCCAAUGGCAGUUAUCAUUGAUAUUUAGUGUAUAUAUACAUAUUUUUAAAACUAACUCAAUUACAAUUGAAUAAAUAUAACAUUUACUCUCAGAAAAAUA